AUGCCGCCACCCUCAUCACCGUCAAACUCCCUGGGUGGAAACCAACGACCAUCAAAUCAAUCAACAACAGCAGGUCUGCCACUAAAUGACGUGAGACGAUUUCGUAACGCUUCAACUGAGACAUUUCCAACGUUAAACUCGUUAAACGUUAUAUCAGACCUUAUGCUACGCGACCAAAACUCGAUGCUGCGAGAGACUGAUGAAUCUAAUUUUAGAGCACGAAUUCUCCGCCAUUUCAAUGACAUCAACAGAUUGCAGAAUCAUUUCAAUAGACUAAUCAAUCGAGAAGGUGGCAACCAUCAAGCAAGCUUGGCAUUAAAUAAUAUUCCGUCACAAUUGAGAAAUCUAUCCAGAGAACUAUCACGUUCAGGACACAGAGAGGCAUAUUUUGUUGAGUCGAGUGAGGAUGACGAUGAUGAUGAUGAUGAUGAUGAUGCCGAUGACCAAAGUUUUGAUUACGAAGAUGAUGAUGUUGCAAAUGCGGGAUUGGUUUACUACUCGGAUGAGGAUAAUAAUGAGGGUGAAGUGAGCGGAAAUGACGAGGAUAUGUCGGCAGUGCUUAUGGAAGAUGCAGAACAAAGUAUUCAAUCGAAUGAGAGACUCUUGUUAGCAUCGGCAAGAAAUCCUCAAACUGCCCGAACCCCACUUUUAAAUUCAAGCGUUCCCUUGAGGCGGCAGAAUGCAAUACGUGUUAGAAGUAUGUUGAAUACGGAGGAUACCGAAGUGGCUAAAAAUAAUGACCCAAAAGCUAACGAUUUUCUUGAUUUGGAAGCCGAACUGUUGCAACAAGAAAUUCAUUCAGUCUUGGAAGCGAUUGAAAGUGCAAGAAAGGGAUCCCCCUUAUUUCCAAACAAUUUUCACCGGCCAUUCAGUAUCCGCUACUUUUCAAGCUUGAAAAAUCACAUGCAGGGAUGUCUGCUUGACAAUAACAUGAAUGCUGAUCAAAUGAUGGAUGAAUUUUUGCGCAAAAGAGUUAAUAAAAUGCUUUUUCUUAAAAUUAGAUUGCCUCCACCGCCAAGUUCCAAGAGACGAACAAAAAUAGAGGAAGGACCCAGUCAUAAACGUCAGAAAACCACUCAUAUUGAUGAUGGUGAUUAUCCAUUAGACGAGCCAGUAAUUGCAUACCCAUACACGAAUAUUGACAAAAACGUGUUGGUAGAUGGCUUGCCCUCAAGUUACUUCCAAUCGGGAUCCAAUUAUCGCAUAAACUUAGACUGUCCCCAACACAACACUUGUGAUAUGAAACUUUCCAGUGUUAGCUCUCACGUAGAGGGGGUUUUCAGUAUAGCACCAGAAGGAAGCCUAGAGUCUUUGCUUCUCAAGUUACAUAAUUUUGCAAAGUUCUUUUGCGGAAUGUCCAACAAUACCUUUCAACUGCCUAAAAACAAGAUACUUAUAAGGAAGCUAAACAUGCUAGAUCGCCUUUCAGUGGAUGACAAUGUAGGUUUCAAAAAUAUAAACGCCAGCACUAUACAGGUUCCAUUUAAGGGUAAAGUGGUUGAUUUUAAAACCAACGAUUUGAGAUUUUUAAAUCUGGAAAAACCGCUUUCGGCAAGAUUCAAUUUAAAUAAAAUCAAAGUUCAACUUUCGGAGUGGAUGAAGAUCAACCCAUUUAUACAAUUUAGAGAAAACUUUUUUUACAACUUUCUUCAGCAUUUGGACCAAGAUCUCACACAUUUUGGUGAUAUUGAAAUUCGAAAGUCAAAGAAAACAGAGGCCAUACAUUUAACAAAGGAAUUCAAAUCGAGUCUCCCCGAAAUCACAAAAUAUUUUGAAUACCUAAAGGAUUCCCAGGUUCCCCCAUGUCUAGAAAGGCUGGAAAAAAGAAGGUGCAAGAGGCACAAUGAUAUAUUUAUAGAGGAUUGGGAACGAAAUUUAGCAUUCAGAUUGGCAGAAUCUGUUACAAAGGAGGAUUGUGGAACGUUGAUUAAUUUGCAACUAAACUAUGCCUUAUUUACUAUCGAAGUUGAUAUAUCAAAGUACUUGGACACAUUCAUCAACACAAUUUUAGCGCACAGUGAAGGAGAGUACAUGGAAAACUACAGGAAGGUUUACAACAACAUUUUAAAAGAUGAAUCGGAAGAUAUCACCGCGAUACUCCUUUGCUCAAUUGAUAAACAAAGAGGAAAGCUAGAAAUCCACAAUACGGUUUCUCAUUUGCAUCAUAGACACAUGGCUAGACACUCUACGGGAAUAAUACUAACCACGAACCCUUUCUUAAAUGAAAAUACGGGAAGAAACACGUAUGUCUAUGAUGACUUCGAUUUGUUUGAAGAACCAGCUCCAAUUAACUCGGACACUUUUAACAAACGGUUCUUCCAUAAUCAGGCAGAAGAUGCUAUCGACAAACUUACAGGGCACGUGACUCUGAGUCUACCGGUAUUCGAUAUCGUGUAA